UCAUGCUGCUGCCAGGUCCAGAGUGUGUCAUGGGUCCCUGUACGGCCUCCCAUUGCUGCUGUCUCCAUCGCCACACUCUGCCAUGUGCCACUUUCAGGUCUCCUCACACUGCUGGUGGGUUCCAUUUUGUCAUAGGGUGCUGGCAGAUUACGGGCCUCCCAUUGCUGCUGCCAGGGCCCGUAAUCUGUCAUGGGCCCCUGUACCGCCUCCUCAUGCUGCUGCCAGGCCCGUAAUCUGUCAUGGGCCCCUGUACCGCCUCCUCAUGCUGCUGCCAGGCCCGUAAUCUGUCAUGGGCCCCUGUACCCGCCUCCUCAUGCUGCUGCCAGGUCCAGAGUGUGUCAUGGGUCCCUGUACCACCUCCUCAUGCUGCUGCCAGGUCCAGAGUGUCUCAUGGGUACCUGUACGGCCUCCCAUUGCUGCUGUCUCCAUCGCCACACUCUGCCAUGUGCCACUUUCAGGUCUCCUCACACUGCUGGUGGGUUCCAUUUUGUCAUAGGGUGCUGGCAGAUUACGGGCCUCCCAUUGCUGCCGCCAAGGCCCGUAAUCUGUCAUGGGUCCCUGUACCGCCUCCUCAUGCUGCUGCAGGUC